AUGAAUUUGUUGAAUAGCAGCAGCGGCAACAGAAGAAGAGAGCUUGGCUUUCUCAUUCUCUACGCAGCUGCUUUCUACGCCUUCAUCAUUCAUCGAUCCCUUCAGCUCUCUCGCGAUCAUUAUCUUAAACUCUUUGGUUUGCGUCCUGGAUGGUUGUUGCCUCAUCGCCUCAAUGAUGUUUCUGAUGCACAAUGGAGAAACUUUCAAGGAAAUUUACCUGUUCUUACCGUUGUUUUCACACUUUUUACGUUGAUCGCCAAUUUAUUGAGGACAAGCUUUCACUUAAAAGCGAGAGGGAUGUCCAUUAUUUGGAUUUUGAUAUCUUUCACAUACCUAUCAUAUCUGCAUGGAGCCUGCAUCAUAUUUAUCCUCUCAAUCGCGUCGGUGAAUUUUCUUUUAGUAAAGAUAUUUGCACGAACAAAGUACUUCUCUUUUGUAUUUUGGAUUUUCAACAUAUUCUUUCUUCUGUGCAAUCGUGUUUAUGAAGGAUAUUCAUUUUCCAUGAUUGGGCAACAGUGGGCAUAUUUGGAUAACUUUCGGGGCACCUUUAGAUGGCACAUUUGCUUUAACUUUGUUGUUUUGCGCAUGAUAAGCUUUGGCUACGAUUACCAUUGGGCACAUCGAGAUUCUCGUUUUGACCAUAAGAAACACAUUCAACGGUGCGAUAUUUGUAAAUCAGGGAAAACUUGUUACCAAAGUUUACAGGAGAGAGGUGUCCAGAAUGACAAAUUUUCCUUUAUGACUUACCUUUCUUAUUUGGUAUAUGCACCACUUUAUCUUGCUGGGCCGAUUGUAAGCUUCAAUGCAUUUGCCUCACAGUUGGAUGUUCCUCAAAAUAACUUAUCAGCUAGAGACAUUGCUUGGUAUGGUUUGCGCUGGGUAUUCAGUCUUCUUCUGAUGGAACUAAUGACACAUCUUUUUUAUUACAAUGCGUUUGCAAUCAGUGGCCUGUGGAAAGAGUUACAUCCUAUGGAUGUGUUUAUUAUUGGAUAUGGGGUUUUAAUAUUCAUGUGGCUAAAGUUUUUUCUGAUAUGGCGCUAUUUCCGGUUCUGGUCACUGAUAUGUGGCAUUGAGGUCCCUGAGAAUAUGCCAAGGUGUAUAAAUAAUUGCUACAACCUGGAACCUUUUGGAAGAACUGGCAUGCUUCCUACAACAAAUGGCUUGUAUUUGUACAUUCCUCUUGGGGGCACUCGGAGGAAGCUUCUCAAUGUGUGGGUUGUAUUCACAUUUGUUGCCAUUUGGCAUGAUCUAGAGUGGAAGCUUCUUUCCUGGGCAUGGCUGACGUGCUUAUUCUUUAUUCCGGAAAUGAUAUUAAAAUCAGCAGUAAAUGCAUUUCAGGUUGAGAGUACUCAUGGGGAGUUUGUUGUUCGCGAACUAAGUGCAGUUGCUGGUGCUAUCACUAUCACUUGUCUCAUGGUAGCAAACCUUGUUGGUUUUGUUAUUGGACCAUCUGGCAUUAGUUGGUUGAUUUCUCAAUUCCUUAACAGAGAAGGACUACCUGUUCUGGCUGGCAUGCUUUUGACGUUUUAUGUGGGGACAAAGUGGGUGUGUGCCUGCCAUUUCUAUGAUUGGUCUAAAGUUGGAUUGUCCUGCAGCUUAUGUUCCACAUCCGUGAUGCAAAGCAAAGUAGCAGCUAAAUUGGCUCGAUGUAAUCGGCCCCGAUGGCUAAAGGCUGGUAUGGAAACCAACGUCCGUCCGAAGUUCCAAAUUAGAGACGGGUUUGCCGAUAUUAUAAUACAAGGUAUGUGGGUUCACGCUGAGGACAUUUGA